AGAUGAAGUGGAAGGUCCCUCUCUACGUAGGGUUUCCCCCUGCUAGGCGAUUUAACCAUGUGACUUUCAUCUUGCACAGCCACAUGUAUGUGUUUGGCGGCAAAAAUGAGGAACAUGAAUUCAAUGACUUGAAAGUGAUGAAAUUAAUCAACCCAUCGGAAAGACAACCAGUGAUGAAAGAGAUCCUCUCUGAAUUUGGCCUCCAAGGAGUUAGUAAUGGGUUUGCUGCAACAAAGGUUCCUAACGUGAAGUACGAACUGAGUAAAUCAUCAAUAAGCCUGACUUAUGAGAGAAGUGAUGUUACAGAGCUCACAGGACACACUGCGAUUCGUGAUGAGGCACUGGAUAUGAUCCACAAAGCAUUUGCCAUGUUGGAUGAGGAGGUCCAAAAACUGAACAGAGAAAAGGCUGAGGUUGCUCAGGCUGCAGAGGCCCUUCAAUAUGAAAAGGAGGCCUACAGGAUCCAGCACCAAAAACAGGAACAGGGGCUUCAGGAAAUGCUGGAUAAACACCGGGCCCAGAAUGAGGCAUGGCUGCGAGCUCGAGCAGAGGAAAAUGACAAGGAGAGGAAGGAGCUCUGUAAACUGCGAGAAGAAGUGUUGCACGAGCAAGAGAAACUCAAAGAAGAGCAGAGCAACAUCCAAAAACGCAGCGAGCACUUGCUGUCUAUCAUGCAACAGUUCAAGGGCAUGUGACCGGCAGUCUUCAGGGAGAAAUAGACUUUUCACAUUUAUUUUGUCUAUUUACACAUUUGAAUGAUAACAUUUUAUUAUUUCUAUAUGUUUUAAAAUAUAUAUGAUACCAACAGCAACCACACAUUUUGUGACAGUUCUUUGUGCUUAAGUAAUUUAAGAUAUGAUUUGGGCCAUUUCAGUUAAGCAUGACUGAGCAACAUGACAGUCUAACGGCUAUUGCACCUUGCAGUAAUCUAUUAGUAGCAAAAAUGAGUGGCAUUGCACGGUACAAUAUUAAUUUUUUGGACAUUGGUGCCUUUGUGGUCCCAUUGCAUUUGUUGUUGUCAGUACAUGAAAGGCAGCCUGAUAUAAGUAUUAAUGCUAGCUCUUUGUAGCAAUCUUACUUUUGUAAUCGACCACUCUGUAGUUGGAGAUACAGACUCUGUCGGUUACUUGGAGAAUGUGUAACCUUGUUAAUCCUCCAAGAUGGAAAAGUAACCAGUAUUUUGUGCAUCCAGUGUGAAGUUCCUCUGCUGGUGAAUCAUGAAGUCUAGUCUAGUCUUCAAUGAAAUAAGCUUUUUUAGGAGAGACUUGUAACAUAAAAUACUGUUACAAUGUAUUUUACACAGUAUUUUACAAUGUAUUUAAAUAACCAUGUGUGUGCUACAUCAUGUUGCUAGGCUACAAAAUGUUGUGAGGUGUUGGGGUAGCAAAGCUUCCACGUACUGCAGGAGCGAAUGCCAUAUGAGUUAAGACCGUUUUCAUUCAUAAUGUUCUAUUCUGAAAUAAUGUGAUCCAACUCUUCCCUUUGUGUCUGGAGUUACUGUAUGUUAUCAUUUUGUCUGUGUUUUAUUUUAGAUUAGAUUAGAUUAGAUUCAACUUUAUUGUCAUUGCACAGAGUACAAG